AUGUCUUCCGAGGCAAUCGUCAACAUCGACAUCCAGGGUAAACUGCCCAAAGUCGCUUCUGGCAAAGUCCGCGAUCUGUAUGCGAUUGACGAUGCGACACUUCUUUUUGUCGCAAGUGAUCGAAUUUCAGCUUACGAUGUGAUCAUGGAGAAUGGUAUCCCAGGAAAAGGCGCACUCUUAACCGCAAUGUCAAUCUACUGGUUCAACUACCUACCCACCCAAGUCCCAGGCCUCAAAACCCAUUUCCUCAGCAACGACCUCCCGGCCCCCCUUUCUUCUCUCCCUGAAGCAGCAUCGCUCAAAGGCCGAAGUAUGCAGGUUCGCCGUCUCCGCAUUCUGCCCAUUGAAUCCAUUGUCCGUGGCUACAUCACGGGAUCGGGCUGGUCCGAGUACAAAAAGUCGGGCACCGUAAAUGGAAUCGCGCUACCCAAGGGUCUCCUCGAGGGCCAGAAACUGCCAGAGCCGCUGUGGACACCGAGUACCAAGGCAGAACUCGGGGGAAAAGAUGAGAACAUUUCUCCGGAGCAGGCGCGGAAGACUAUUGCAGAUGAGAAUGUUGCUGCCAAGGUGGAGGAGCUGUCGUUGGCGAUUUACAAGGCUGCUGCGGCGCGCGCCGAGGCGGUGGGUAUUGUGCUUGCCGAUACGAAGUUUGAGUUUGGUCUGGAUGAGGAGGGCCAGGUAGUGCUUGUUGAUGAGGUGUUGACGCCAGAUAGUAGUCGUUUCUGGCCCAAGGAUACGUGGGAGCAGAAUCUGGGACGCGCGCAGCCAAGCUUCGACAAGCAGUUCUUGCGAGACUGGCUGACGAGCAAUGGCUUGAAGGGUAAGGAGGGAGUAACGGUGCCGCAGGAUAUUGUGGAGAAGACCGCGGCGAAAUACCGCGAAGCGUAUGAGAAGAUCACUGGACAGUAG